AUGUCAGAAUCGCAACCUGCAAGCAAAGAUCAAAUCAAAGUCAAGUUUUUCACCAGAGAUGAGGACGAAUCUCUUCAUUGUUCUUCAAACCCAAUUUAUAUUCCAGUAUCUUUGAAAAGAUUUGGUUUAUCCGAAAUUGUCAACCAUUUAUUGGAAACAGAAACGCCUGUUCCUUUUGAAUUUUUGGUCGAUGGAACCAUAUUGAAAACUGAUAUACAAGAGUAUUUGGUGAAGAACGGUUUGUCUACAGAAGCGUUUCUGACACUUGAAUAUACUAGAGCUGUUCUACCACCAAAAUUUUUGUCCAGUUUUAAUAAUGACGAUUGGAUUUCAUCCGUUGAUUCUAUCGGAUCUAUGGAGUUGACUGAUGGCCAGGGUGGAACACUGCAAACCGAUCCAAAGAUUUUAACUGGUUCGUAUGACGGUAUUGUGAGAAUCUACAAUUCAUCCGGAAAGGUUGAGACCCAGCUAACAGGACAUUCACAACCUGUUAAAGCGGUCAAAUUCAUAAGUCCAACCAAAUUUGUUACUGCCGGUAUGGAUAGAUCAAUCAGGUUGUGGAGAGCUGGUGUGAUAAGCAAUGAAGAUGUUGACAAAGAUACCCAAGCUGGACAUACUUUUGCACUGUUAGAUUACCAUAAAAGUGCUGUAUCUACCCUUGAUCUACACAUUGGGUCCAAUAGGAUACUUUCAGGUUCCUAUGAUAACUCCAUUGCGUACUGGUCGACUAAUCCAAAGGAAAUGAACACAGCAGAUGCUGUUGACCCAUCAGAAAGAUUAUCCUCUUCCUCAAGAAAGAGGUUAAAACUUGCCAUCAAAGAUUCUUCUAUUAAAAGGAAAUCGCCCUUGGCCAUUUUAGAAUCCCAUCGUGCUCCUGUUGAAGGUGUCUUGUUCGAUAGUAACGAUCCAACUAUUGCAUAUUCCGUUUCUCAAGACCAUACAAUCAAGACUUGGGAUCUAAUUACUGCCCGUUGUGUUGAUACUAAACAGACCAACUAUUCCUUAUUGUCCUUAACUUCACUAAAGAAUAUGAACCUUUUGGCUACCGGCUCAUCCGCUAGGCAUAUAAAUUUACAUGAUCCAAGAUCUUCCAAAGUCACUACCAGUCAACUGAUUGGGCACACUAACUUUGUGGUAUCCUUGACAACCACGGAUAAUGACUAUAUGCUGAUUUCAGGUUCACAUGAUGGCACGGCGAAGAUUUGGGAUAUUAGGGCUAACAAAGCAAUGUACACUAUAACUAGGGAGUCACAAGAAAAGAGGAGUAAAGUUUUUGCUGUUAGUUGGGAGAAAGAGAUUGGUAUUCUCAGUGCAGGUAGUGAUAAGAAACUCCAAAUAAACUCAAGUGCAGAAUUCAAGUAA